UGCCGUAGUGCUUUCACGGUCGGAGAACGAUGAGAUUUUGUCCUCAAUGAAGAUGAACGACUAGAAGUAACAGUUAAUAACACGCACGCCCAUAUUAAUCUUGUUCGACGGUCGUCUUCGAAGACUAAGGGGCUGAUGGGUUAUUUCAUUAAACUGCCUCGCGAGAUCACAGUAACAGUCAACGGCACUACAUACACUAACAGCGACGACUUACCGUCCACGCCUUUCUACAUUGGGCCACUCGAAGGGUACGCGAUAAUCGAGCUACUAUCGCAGCCUGUCUUCUUCUUCAGGACUAGGGACAGUUUAAGACAACUAGCGUCAAGUAGAGUGGUCGCUAGAAAAGAGCUUAAUCGUCGAGAUCGAAAUGGCAAUGUUGCUAUGGAGAAUAUUGCGGUGCGAUGGAGACCAGUCGCAGCUCUUUCAUCAGGGAAAGGAUCCGGAAGCGAAGGGAAUGCAGGGGACACGGAAGGUACGGAAGCCGCAGAAAGUAUAGCAAGCACUGAAGAUCAAGAGGGUGAAGGAAAUCUAGAAGAUAUGGGAGAUUGUUUCUAUGUGCGAGCUCGAUUGUCUUCUCAUCGAUCUGUUCGAUAUGCUGAACUUAUCCCUAGGGUGCUUGCUGCUGUGAACCAACGACAAUCAGAUGGUACUGGGUUCAGUUACCAGCUUCAGGGGCGAGAUUUCGGGCCGGGAAGAACACUGCUGGUGCCACUCGACAUAGACGGAAACUACAUUCUGCUAGCUGCUCAAUAUCAGCCUGACAGGCAGAUCAAUCUCACAGUCCUCGAUCCUAUGACAUGGCGAACAAAACUGAGUAUUCGAACCUCCAUUUUCCAGCGUGCAAAGGAAUUACUGCUCAACAGCAAGUGGUGCCAAGAUAUGUUUGACCCAUCAAACCACAUGAUCGACAACCUUCCCGGUGAUGCUGAAUGGAUCCCGACUGCGCAAAUCACCACCAGCGAUGGAAGCUUCAUAUAUACCGUACUGAACGCGUGGGCACUGGCUAUGGGUCUCGAACUUAACCCUUCGUUUACCCCCAGCCUCUACGGUUACGAGUCUUUCUUCAUCCAGGCCCAGCAGAUUUUUGAUCUAGCCCUCCAAGGUGAAUUGACAUGGAAGGUCUUGCUCGCUUUCUGCCGGUGCGCCAAAUUUGUUAAGUCGGUCGAUGUCAACGGAGCAGACGGAGAGGUCAAAUUUCCGGAAAGGUUGCGCCAAUUUGACCUGCGCAAGUGCUCCUUUCAGGAUCUUAUCACUCGCCAAACAGUCUCAGAUACCAAAUCUGAAGGCAAGAUCGACAUGGAAUCGACCACUUUUGGCUUCGAACACGGUAAGCGACACCGUCAAAAGUUUGCUUCCGACUCUCUGAGCGAGCGCGAGAGGUGUGAUCUCGAUUCCAUUGUUCGGGAGGGCAAAUGGACAUUCACAAAUACAGUAGAAGAGCUGAGAACACUUUUGAUAGAACGCGCGCCGCCAGCUGCGCCACUCCCACUACCACAAAAUCCGUAUGUAGACACUGAACCAGUUGCUGAUGAGUUUGAUUGUUGUCUCCAUCUUCGUACGGAGUUACAAAAGCUUGUUGAGGAAGAGAAGAUCAUGAAGGGUGUCGAGACUGGGCUCGAGGAAGCGACAAUACCUACUUUAAUGCCCAGUGAAGUCUACGACAGUAUCGAGGCUGUUGGACGAGCUAUCAACGAUAUACUUCCACCCGGUCAUGGUUUCACCAUGGGAGAAGUUAAUGGUGUAAUCAGGCAUUCAGACGGAAAGAGUUCUGGAUGCUUGGACGAUGUAGUCUUGAUGCUUCACCAGAAGGAGGGAGAAGAAGAGCAUUUUACACUAGUGGUUUUACAACACGAGAACAAAGCAGACUACCCGAGUGCUGUAGCGCGUGUUUUGGACUCUGCACCGUGGACUUUCACGUCGAAAGAGCGCAUCCAGUUGCAUGAGCUACUGCAAGAUUCUGGUCGAUUGGAAGUUGGUACUCAUCGUGGUACAACUCAAACCAGGACUAUUGUAGGAUCAGUUCUGACAUGGAUGCACGGACCCCAGCAAUCUCGGGCGGAGGAAUCUGGAUACUUUGCCAUUAUGAAUUCGUGGGCCGUACUGCUUGGCCUGCCUAUCAACAAUGACUUCUGCCCAAGAGAAGGCUUCUUUCAGGAAACAUUCUCUCUCAUUCAAGCAGUGAAGAAUGGAAAUGCGGACUGGAAACUGAUCUGGGCGUUCCUACUCUGUGCGGGCUAUAUCCACUCUACCCAAUUACCUCCACUGGAGCGCCGUUUCAGGACUACCAGAAAAUCGACUUCCUAUGAGCGUAGGAAAAUAGACGAAGAAAGAACACUCCGGGCUACUGGCGCCCGUCACAACAUUAACUACGACCAAUUCCCAGUGGAUACAGGUUUAGCGCAUACCGAAACCUUCCCAUGGGAUGAUUUCGGCGAGGCUGACAGAAGUACACGGAUAUCUGAGAUGAUCAAGGCAGGAAAGUUUACCAAAUUUCUCUCACCACAGAUAGAACGUGCAGUACAGAAAUUACCUCACAAAGACAAGGAAUCGCCUUGUGCUCAGUUUCAUGGUAGGCUUAACGAAAUCCUGGAGAACGAAGAGAUCAAGACUCAACUUAAAGCUUUCCGAGAUUAUAAGAAUCUCACUACUGUCUUCGGACAAUGGCUGGAAGACGAGGAAUUAUCACUCGCUAUUGCUUCCGUCACCAUUGCGAUCACCAAUGCUCAACAAGACUAUCUACGUGGGUUUGGUUUUAUCGCGCAAACCCAUGUUGAACUCAUAAAAAACAAUGUUCCAGGUGCUAUGCGGACGCCGCGCCCAGGAAGGCCGUUACUUGUACCAGUUCAUGUCGAAGAACAUUUUGUGUUGCUCGUCAUUCAGCUCGAUGACAAAAAUGAGCCAGAAUUUUCAGUGUUGGACUCGAAAGCGUACCAUAUAACGCCCGAUGGUCGUACAGAAAUACACGAAUGGGCCUGGAAAUUUGUGCUCGAGUCAAUGUGGCUGGAAAAGGUUUUUCCAUCAUCUCAGUGGCAAAACCAUAAGCCUGCGCACACAACUUGGGUUCCUGUGUCCCAACAGCCUAGCGACUGUGAAUGUGGUUAUUAUACUAUCAUGAAUGGUUGGACUCUCGCACUUGGUCUGACUCCAAAUCCCAAUGCAAACAUUGAGUGGACGGAUAGAUUUUACGGUGACCUACAAGAUGUCAUACACCUAGCUCGUAUCGGUCGAGCAGACUGGAGCUUGAUCUACAGAUUUCUCGUAUGCUACGGCUUUGUUCUCUCUGGAGAAGUAUCGGCCGACCGGCGUUUCACUCAUACCACGGCACUUUUGGAUGAAGGAAGUGUCGAAGAAGCACGGGAGUAUAUCAUUCAUUUGGAGGACAUUCACUUUGCGGGCAUGGACACUGGAAUGAUGGAUAUAAAUAAACUGAGGCAUGCCAACAGGAUUCGGCUAUCUCCAGGAAGACAACAUGACAGUGUCGGAGCCUUUCCGUCCGAUGACUGGAGCCCGGACGCUUGUAUGGACUAUGCCAACGACUUGGCUCGGAAUGGAAGGUUGAAUCUGGACUUCAACAAAACUCAGCUUGAGGAGGCCCAUGCCAAUUUGUGCGAUGUUCGAGGAUUAGCAUUUAGAAAGCAACUCGAGAAAGACGACGCAGACUACAAGAAACAAAACCCUCAGCAGUUACGCAAAGUAUGCCAAGAUUAUUUGAAUCAAUGGCACACGAGCAAGAAUUUGCUUUUACAGCUUCGACCAUGUUCGAUCCUCCAUGACACUCUACAUCUCUAUCGGUAUAUAUUCCGGGAGGACUUUCUUGGGAAUAUACUCAAAGGCGAGGAAUCUGGAACAGGACAUUGGAACCAGCCAAGGAAUGACUCAGAUGUCAGUUUGGCGAUCGCCUCAGUUAUUGCAGCGAUUGAUGACUUGCAACUGCAGAGGCACAAGGACACUAACCCGCUCGCAGCGUUCGCGGGUGGUUUCUGCCUUUCCACGAGCUACAGCAUCGCCCUUGCAGGCGAUCAGGUGGGUAUGCCAGUUUCGCGCCCACGAAGAUGUUGGUUCAUGCCUCUAGGCGUCUUUAGAGGAGGCUAUCUGGAUAUGGUUGAUAAAUGGCGUAAGAAAAAUAAGAGGCCAGCUUCAGACACGACCGUGAACGGACAAGGACAUCAUAUACUGGUGAUUCUACAAGAACUAGAGCAAGAUGAGAAUUCAAAUAGGAAGAGAUUUGAGAUAAGCAUCUACGACAGCGCACCGAGCAUACUGGCCGACGCGACCAAGCGCGCAGACGGCCCACUGUCCAGGAUCAUCAAGAACAUUGCUGGUGAGCUCAAAUGGCCUCAACAGCGUUUGAAUGACGAAGCGGAGUACUUUAUACAGACGAUACCUGCUUCAAGCCAGCAGAGCGGCGGAUGGCAGUGCGGGUCUCAUGUUGUGAUCAAUGCAUGGAUUCUAGCUCUUGGCUUGCAUCCGGACCCUAGUAAAGCAUACGACGACAUCAUAUACGAAGAGUUCCAUACUCUCGCGCGUGCCGCCGUAGUCGGUCUACUGGACUGGCGAACGUUAGCUGCAUGGAUAUUUUGUCGCCAGCUUGCUUUCGAGAAGAGGGUAUCCGAUAUAACACCUGAUCGUCAGUUUCGGAUGACAGACUUCUGGAGAAACGAGAAUUCCUUGUCCGAUAAGAUUCGGGAGAAUGAACAAAAUGAAAUCACUGUCGCAGCGAUGUCUGAGGCGGACCUACCUUACGAUAGAGGUAACAACCCUGUACAUUGGACGAAUGCUGUGUUGAAGAAAAGAAAGGCGAAGACAGAGGUAAACAACAAAAAGAAAGAUAAGAAGCACGGUUUGUGGAGAAGCUACGAUGAUCCAGAUCCAGAUUUCCUUGGUCACCCUAAAUAUACGACCCAGAAGCUUGGUGGGGAAUCUCAGAUUCGACAUGGAUAUGGUGGAAGGGGACAAGCUGCUACGAUCAACAGUAAGAAGCGCAAGCCAGGAGAAAAAGCUGGUUACUGUGGAGAAUUCACACGCGAUACACAGCUUGAUUGUGACAUGGAGGUAGUAGAUUCAGCUCCUCCAACGCCUUUGAGGAAGAGACAGCGAUUAGGCGAUGUCUUGUCUUUCUUUGACACGUACUGAAAUGUGCCCGGCCGUUGUAUUUGUACCGCGAAUGGAAUGAUGAUGUAUCUGUAGCGCACUGUGUUAAAUUGAAUAUAGAAGAAGUUGAUUCUUACAAGCAUGGUAGGAUGUUGUCGUUUGUGG